AUGGCCUCCCAAGGCCAAUUUUUUGAUAACUGGGAUUACAAUAUAAAUAAAACCACAGAGGGCAGAUAUUCAUCUAAGUCUCACCAUCUCAGACUAGCAUCAAUCACGUCCUUGAUAGCGACUGGUGCUUUGAGCUCAAACUUCCCGGCGAAAAGGAGAAAACAAGAGAGCCAUGAGCUUUUUGGGUUUCGAAAAUUAGCGAAAUCUUAUUUGUGGGGUAGCGGAAAUGAGAAAACCAGGCCGUCGUCAAGAAAAGAAGAAGCUACUUUAGGUCCAUCUUCGCGAUUGCGCAAUGUGGGCUCUAAAAGACUCUCUGGAGGAGAAAUAGCCAGCAGUCGGGGUAAAAAAUUGCUGCCACAAAAGCGAGGGUAUAGUUCGACAUGUACAGCGGUUACUACCAACCGAGAAAAUCCUUAUGCAGAAAGAACUAUGAAACUACCUCUUAACAACGAAAAAUAUUAUCAAGAACUUUUCGAACCUUCUUACAAAAGCCAUGAUAAUUUAGCCGCGGAGCUGGUCAACGAAAUUGGUCCAAACGAAGGUUAUCCACUGCAGUCGGACGAAGAGCCUGAGAAAAUUGAGCUAGAGCAACGUGUUGUAUCUUUUUACAAUUUGCCCAAAAGCACAGGUCUCAACAGUUUGUUGGCGCAAGUUCAUGGCGGACCUUUGGAAAAAAUAGAAUCUUUGAAAGAUCAAGAUGACCAUAGCGUCUUGAGGUGCGUUCAAUUGCAUUUCACCUCGGCUCUGAAUGCUUCGAAUUUCAUGACUUUUGUGCAUUCGAGGAAAUUCAAUGUCAACGGGUACACACUUGAGCCAGCAUGGGCACCCCAGUAUGUUAAUCACAUCUCUGCUAUAGACCAUGAGAAAACAAGGGGGAAGCACGAUAGGAAGAAAUAUCAUGACUUUCACAUUGAACCUCGCCGGUGUUUGAUUUUGAAGAAAUACAGCACCUCGAGGAAUUCUCGAUCAACUCGUCACUCUCAUACAUGCGCUCCAGUUUUGGCAGCGUUCGAUGUCAAAGAACUGCGAGAGGAUUUUGAACAAUUUGGUGAGAUAAUGGAGAUAACUCCAAUGGUUUCUAGAAAGCUUUGCUUUUCCUUGAGCUUCUUUGACAUUAAAGACGCUAUAAGCGCUUUCGAAAGCUACGAAAACUGUAACGAGUUUUUGUACAAGAAGUAUCAUAAGCACUGGUCUCUUGGCUAUGGUGCAGACGUUACAGACCGGCCAUGCAUCUUGGCUAACUGA